ACUCCACAUUCCAAGGCCCCCUGAACUACUCACUAUGUGCCCUGCACCAACAACCUGAGCUUCUGUGCAACGAAAGGUAGAAGAGGAAACUUUGACGUGGAUGCGCAGUAGUUGGUAUUUUUUGGACAGGUCAGAACUGAAAUGGGCCGAGAUUGCCUCCAUGAACUUCAUUUUAGUGGAACUUAAAAAUGGCUUAAAGCAGCAGGAGCCGGUCUCCAGACGGAAGAGCAGGGACCGGGCCGCUUUAAUUUGGACGCCACCCCCCUUGGCGGAAGAAAAAGGCGCACUUCCAUUGAAAAGGAAAUCAUCCGGGGAGGAGAAACGCCGCUAAACGGUUAUGAAGUUAUAAGAGUGGAGGCCACUGUUGUGUUGUGAGCUUGGUCAGUAUUGUUGGAGCAUGAGGAAACCCGUGCCACAGAAAGCUAUAGAGUGGAAAGAUGCCAGAAGGAUCAAGCAUGCCCGGAGUGGACGGCCCUCCCGGGUGCCCUCACAGUACCAAGGACAUUUUAGUUGGGAGAAAUACCUGAAAGAGACAGGUGCCACCGCUGCACCCUCUGCUUGCUUCAGACAGAGCCUCACACCUCCACUUAACGAGUUCAAAGCAGGGAUGAAGCUGGAGGCCCAGGACCCGCGAAACACAACGUCCACCUGCAUCGCCACAGUGGUGGGCCUGACAGGCUCGCGGCUGCGGCUGCGCUUGGACGGGUCUGAUAACAAGAACGACUUCUGGCGCCUCGUGGACUCCUCAGAGAUCCAGCCAAUUGGCAACUGUGAAAAGAACGGAGGCAUGCUGCAGCCACCACUUGGUUUCCGUCUCAAUGCGUCCUCUUGGCCCAUGUUCCUUCUGAAAACACUAAAUGGAGCUGAGAUGGCACCCUCUCGCAUAUUUCACAAGCAGGAGCCUCCCGCCCCGGAGCAGAACUCUUUCCAGAUAGGCAUGAAGCUGGAGGCGGUGGACCGUAAAAAUCCCCACUUUAUCUGCCCGGCGACAGUGGGUGCACUGCGUGGUGUCGAGGUGCUGGUCACCUUUGAUGGCUGGCGGGGAGCCUUUGACUACUACUGCCGCUAUGACUCGCGAGACAUCUUCCCUGUAGGCUGGUGCGCCCUCACUGGAGACAACCUUCAGCCGCCUGGCACCAAAGUUGUGUUGCCUAAGAGCCUUGGGGCAUUGACAGACGGGAGUGUGGAGAGCCCAGCCAUGCACCCCACGCCCACAGUGGGCAGACCUCCAGGUCAGAGAGGACGCAAGCCAGGCCGCAGGAAAACCAAGUUGACAGGGCCCUGGAAUCAGAAGGGCUCAGUGUUGGGACCACAGAGUAUCCAGCCAGGCAAAGGCCUGGAGCCCAUCAAGAUCCCCAAGAAACGAGGGCCCAAGCCUGGCAGUAAGUUGGGCUGGGCAAAAAGAGCUGGCUGGCUGGAAGAUGCCAUGGCUGGCCCAGGACGGCCAGUGACAGGCCCAGGGCGGACCCGAGGCAGACUGCCAGCCAACUGGGCACAGAGGAUAGCUCUGCAGCAGGCCCAGACUCCGGCAGAACCUAUCAAGAUCCCAAAGAAAAGAGGGCCCAAGCCUGGCAGCAAGAGAAAACCACGCGUGGUACCUAAUCCAGUCCCCACGUCUCCCACCAGCAGCACUCCAGAGCCCGACACCAGCACUGUGCCUCUGGACAAUGCUACCAUCCCCAACUCUGCACUACAGGCCCCCACAGUUUGUGUGUACCUAAACAAGUACGGCAAAGUGGGACCCCAUUUGGACCUGCGGCGUAUUCAGCAGCUCCCGGACCACUUUGGGCCAGGCCGGGCCUCCUCCGUGCUUCAGCAGUGUGUUCAGGCUUGUGUGGACUCCUCGCACAACCAGGGCACAGUCUUUGCCUGCCUCAAGUCUGGGCAAGGAGGCGAAGUCAUUUCAGCCUGCUUUGACCAGCAGCAGCACACCCUGACCCUGCCCACAGUCAGCAGUGUCACUUACGUCCUCCGCUUCCUGGAAAAACUCUGCCACAACCUUCACUGCGAUCCUCUGUUUGGCAGCCAGCCUGUAGCCAGAGGAGGCCUGCACUACGACAGUCACACAUACACUACAGAGAGGAGAGGUUUUGGAGACGGCCUAACGACGGGCCCGGGCCGAGGCACCAAGCGGUUCCUUCAGGAGUACAACAUUUCACUGCCUCAGAAACUAGCCAAAAUCCCUCGGCACUCCACUGACGGUGAGUCCUUCAUGGAGAAGAGUGUUGCGGUGUCAGAGCACUUAAAGAAGAGCCCUCUCUCUCCAAACUCUACGGUACAAACUCCCAGCCUGAGGUCUCCCUCCAAGCUGCUGCAUCACAACAACUCCACAGGCUCAGGUAGUUUCCGGGAGAGCCCGAGGCCAAGUGGCCAGGACCCCAACCUGUGGACAGUAGAGGACGUCAGGCAGUAUAUCCGAGAUAUCGACCCAGUGCUGGCACCACACGCUGACCUUUUCAGAAAACAUGAGAUUGACGGGAAAGCCCUCCUGUUGCUGCGUAGUGACAUGAUGAUGAAAUACAUGGGCUUGAAGCUCGGCCCCGCCCUCAAACUCACCUUCCAUAUCGACAAGCUCAAACGGGCUUAAGGAGGUCAGCCGACCAGCCGUAGCCUUCCAAAGGACUGAACUCCAACCCCAUCUCCCUGUUCUAAGAUCAGUAUGUCAUGCAUUGCAUAUUGGACAUAUACUGACCAUUUACAUGUAGCAACUUCCAUCAGACCACCAUAUCUGGUAUUCCAUACCCCUGUCCUGGCCUCAUCCAAUGAGGAAUGUUUAUUUUGUGUAGCACAAUCCAGCCCUAAGGCAGCAUGGGAUACGUAGGAUCACCGACUUGUCUGCCAUCUGUUUUGCAUUUCAGUACAACUUGAAGUUAUAUGUGGCCAUUUUAACUGUAAAAGGCUUUUUGGCCGGCUUUUAUUAUGUUACAUUAAUUUUGUACAUUUCAUAUUUUGUACUUCAUGGCUAUAUGGACUUGUAUUUUUGCCCUGUUCAACGGUUUGUGUUGGAUAUGCUAAAAGAAUCCUAAAGGAAGAAAAGAAAACACUACUCUCAUCCCCGUUACUUGGGAAUGCUUCUGGUUAACGUCUCAGUUUGAGGCACGAUUUUGCAACUACGACAAUAUUAAUAGUGAGGAGGAGAAACACGCUUUAUGAAAGAAAGGAGAAAAAAAACACUUUAUUCUUAAAAUACUGCCAUAUGGAAAUCUGUUUCUUUAUUCUUAUUCUGGAUGUUGUUUACAAUGCCUUGUCUUGUCUUUGU